GGUCCGGUAUACCAGAAGUAAAAGUGAUCAUGCACGGUUUUGUGCUCAAGAACUACCUCACGCUCAAGACGCUUAUUGCCAAAAUUGUUGGCCUAACCCUAACCCUCGGCGGUGGUAUGCCAGUCGGUAAAGAGGGUCCAUUUGUACAUAUGGGUGCCAUAGUGGCUUCACUUCUGAAUAAAGCAACAGCUGCUUGUCAAUAUAAUGCUUUCUUUUCGAACGAAGGUCGUCACAUGGAGAUGCUCAGUAGCGGUUGUGCAGUAGGAAUUGCUUGUACAUUUUCUGCACCGGCUGGAGCAAGGAACCAAAAUCGAGUUGUAGCUGUGCUCUACGGUAUCGAAUCAACAUCGAAAUAUUUUGCUGUAAAAAAUUAUUGGCGAUCGUUCUUUGCCACCACCUGUGCAGCUUUGAUUUUCCGAUUUGCUAUAGCUGCAAUCGUACCUCAACAUAUAGCUGGAACUAUAACCGCUUACUAUCAAACAAACUUUCCAAACGAAGUUUUUCUCAUCGAAGAAAUCCCAUUUUUCGCUCUGUUAGGAGUACUCUGUGGUUUGACUGGAGCCGCUUUCAUAUGGUUGCAUCGCAGAAUUUCAGUUUUCAAGAAGAGGAACCGAGCUUAUAGAGCUAUCUUCGGCAACAGCCCCAUUGCUUUCACAUCACUAUUUGCUAUGUGUGUUGCCAUUCUCACAUAUCCGGAAGGUUUUGGUAGGUACAUUGCUGGGCAGUUUACAUUCCGUGAAACCCUAGCUGAUUUCUUGGCUAACUGCUCAUUCACACUGGCCAACGUCAGCUCACAUGGAUGUCCACCCGAGAUGAUCGCUCAUUGGACCGGCGGGACUUCCGGGGAAUUCCACCCGCUUUUGACUCUUUUCUGCUACUUCGCAGUCUAUUAUGUACUGGUAGCCAUUUGUGUGGGCCUAUACUUACCAGCUGGUAUAUUCGUUCCUUGCUUCGUUAUAGGUGCAUGUGGAGGCCGAAUGAUUGGAGAGGUCAGUUGCCAGAAUAGAGUUUGUUAAUG